UAUUUUAUUUCAUAUUUCGUCGUUCGAAAUUACAUGAGAUCCCGCCAAGCGCAUGCGCAGUCAAUUCGCCGCGCAAUUGAUUUUUACAGGGAAAGUAACUUUCCCUCAGCAGUCAAAAUACCUAAUUUUCGUCGUUUUUUCGGACCAGCGGUUUCGAAAAAAUACUUCAUUAGGGAGAGAAACUCUCCUUUUUCAUGUUUUUGGAAGACUUUUGAGAAUCUGUGCUGUUUUUAUUUCAAAAAUCGAAGUUUUGUUCCGAUUUCCACGUACACGAUGGCGUCUCCGUCAGGCAGCAUCAAGCAGAAAACCAGCGAAACGCUGAGCACGGCUAAAGCCGGAACUUCACCGGGCGAAACCGCCGCGGGCCCCUCUACGAAGCCUGAGCCAAAGCGCUCAUCGGCAGUGAAAUCCUCCGAUACGAAACGCAAAAGUGUCUUGGCAAAGCCUGCCUCGAAUGAGUCUAAGAACUCUGGGCCUAAAAAGAAGGGCAAAAAGCCUGAAGAAAAGGAGGACUUCACGGAUUUACGAGGUAGACUUGACAAAUUGGAAUCCUUAAUGGAGAGAAUGGUGGAUUUUUUGCCUUGUCAAUCUGCAACUCGCCCCACAGGGGAUACACCACCGACAGCUGCGACGAACGUGAGAUUUCGUGAAGUUGAACAUGAUGAUGAUGAUUUUGAGCAUAUUGACACUGGAAACAUGGGCCAAUGCCCUACGUCAUAUGACAUUGGCAGCAUGGAUGAGGGUGAUGUCAACGAAACUGUUGCACCAGGUUUAGACCAGGAGAAUGAGGACAAAGUUCCUGCCCUUGCUCAGAAAUUUGCUAUCCCCACUGGGGUAGGUGGCGCGAUCCAUGAUGAUUUAGCAAAGUCUGCCAUGUACCUCAUGUCCCACCAGCUAGAGGAAAAUGUGUUGGAGGAAGCUGGAGGGAAAUACCCUCCUCCAAGCAAUUGUACUCCACUGUGUUGCCCCAAAGUGAAUGCAGCAAUAUGGGAAAACCUAUCCUCGCAAACGAGAAGCCGUGAUUUGAAACUGCAAAGAAUCCAAAAGCCUUUGACAAGGGGACUCACAGCUUUUAUUCAAACUCUGUCCCCCGAUAGCCUAUCUGAGACACAACAGGAUGCAUUGGCAUUGCUGUGUAACACAAACUUUGAAAUCAACUGCUUACACAAAGAUCAGAUUAAGCCAGACUUAAAUGCCAAGUACUCACAUCUAUGCAAACCUGCCACACCAGUGAGUCAGUUCUUAUUUGGCGAUGACUUAACAGAGAGAGUCAAAGAUCUUACAGAACAACAAAAAGCUGCAUCUGGCGUGGUGCGUGGACAACGUACACCCCGCCCCAGUACCAUCCGUACAGGACGCAAGCGUCCAGCACUUUUCAAUACCGCAGACAAGGAUGGAACCGUGCCACCGGCACAUCACAAACUUUUCCAAGUAGCAGGCCCACAAGUGGGAACUACAACACGCCUUUUUUGGGCCAGCGAACCCAACGAGGCAGACCAUACAGAGCUCCGCCUCACACCCAGACGAUGAGCAUGGGAAAACAGACCCAAUCCUUCCAGCGGCCACAGGCAGCAAGGAGGAAAUAGCUACACCAUUACCCAAAGAGGUUAUGCGGCAACAUUUUGAGAAUCGGGGACUAAGCAGACGAACAGUGGAUAUCAUUACAGCUUCAUGGAGAGCAUCAACCUGCAAGCAGUACCAAGUGUACAUCACACAGUGGCGAAGAUUUUGCCACAGCAGGAAUACGAGUUACCUCCAAGCCGAGGUGGAAACGGUACUAGAAUUCCUUAGUAGUUUAUUUCAUGACAAGAACCUUAGCUACAGUGUGAUCAAUACAGCUCGUAGCGCUUUAUCCACUUUUCUGAUUCUCUUUGACAGUAAUCAGACAAUAAGUACUCACCCACUUAUAACCAGACUGAUGAGAGGUGUUUUUCAACUCAGACCUGUCGUACCUAGAUAUACAGAAAUAUGGAAUAUUAGUCCAGUCCUCAAUUUUCUAAGAAAAUUGUCUCCAGUAAACUCCUUAAACCUCAGAGAUUUAACACUCAAAGUAUGUAUGCUAAUGGCUCUUGUAUCGGCACAGAGAGUGCAAACCUUGCAUAUAUUGAAGACUAACAAGAUGACCCUGAAAGGGGGCUUUGUGGGUUUUCAUUUGGAUGAACACUUGAAGCAAAGCAAACCAGGAAAUACCGAUUUUAAUUUUAAAUUGGAAGCAUAUCCACCUGAUAGAAGAUUGUGUAUUGUAAAAUAUGUGAAACAUGUCCAGCGCACAGGACCACUUCGUGGGAAUGAGAACUCAUUCUUUGUAAGUUACACCAGACCUCAUAAUAGAGUAACAACUCAAACCUUAUCUCGCUGGAUCAAGACCUGCUUGCAAAGAGCAGGUGUGGAUACAAACGUUUAUAAGGCUCA